UUAGAAAAUGGUUACCGACAUUUUUUUUUCCUUAAUACAAUCAUUUCAGAUGUUCAGAGAGACUCCAUUAAUAGCAGCUAUAAUUGAAUGAAACUCCACUGAUCCUGCAAAAAUGGCUACUCACCACCGACUUUUACGCGGCGGCGGAUCUCCGGCGAUUAUCGUCUCCGGCGUCAGAUUCAGACUCACAGCUUUGGCUGCCACUAUCGCACUUUCCUUCUUCACUCUCUCGUUUGUCUUCACUUCCGAGUCUAAUCACUCACCUGAACUCCAUCUUCCCGUAAGUUCUCAAUCCCUGAAUCUCAUCAGACACUCGAAUGGAGUCGGAUCCAUCAGAAGAUCCAUAUUGGAUAUCAAAUCGGAUCCGCUCAAGCCACGCCUCCUCCAGAUCCGGAAACAAGCUGAUGACCACCGGUCGUUAGCACUAGCCUACGCCUCUUACGCUCGGAAGCUCAAGCUCGAGAAUUCGAAACUCGUGAGGAUCUUCGCGGAUCUCUCAAGAAACUACACGGAUCUCAUCAGCAAACCAACGUACCGAGCUCUCUACGAUUCCGAUGGAUCUUCGAUCGAAGAAUCCACGCUUCGACAGUUCGAGAAAGAAGUUAAAGAGCGGAUCAAAAUGACUCGCCAAGUGAUCGCUGAAGCCAAGGAGUCGUUUGACAAUCAGCUCAAGAUCCAGAAGCUAAAAGACACGAUCUUCGCCGUUAACGAACAGUUAACGAAUGCUAAGAAGCAAGGAGCGUUCUCGAGCUUGAUCGCUGCGAAAUCGAUUCCGAAGGGGCUGCAUUGUCUUGCGAUGAGGUUGAUGGAAGAGAGGAUCGCUCAUCCAGAGAAGUACACUGAUGAAGGGAAAGCUAGAGCAUCGGAGCUCGAGGAUCCGAGUCUUUACCAUUACGCUAUCUUUUCGGAUAACGUGAUUGCAGCUUCGGUGGUGGUGAACUCUGCCGUGAAGAAUGCUAAGGAGCCGUGGAAGCAUGUCUUCCACGUUGUGACGGAUAAGAUGAAUCUCGGUGCGAUGCAGGUUAUGUUUAAGCUCAAGGAGUAUAAAGGAGCUCAUGUUGAAGUGAAAGCUGUUGAGGACUAUACUUUUUUGAACUCUUCGUAUGUGCCUGUGUUGAAGCAGCUUGAGUCUGCGAAUCUGCAGAAGUUUUAUUUCGAGAAUAAGCUUGAGAAUGCGACCAAGGAUACGACCAAUAUGAAGUUUAGGAACCCGAAGUAUUUGUCUAUAUUGAAUCACUUGAGAUUCUAUUUGCCUGAGAUGUACCCGAAGCUGCAUAGGAUACUGUUUCUGGACGAUGAUGUGGUUGUGCAGAAGGAUUUGACGGGGCUUUGGGAGAUUGAUAUGGAUGGGAAAGUGAAUGGAGCUGUAGAGACUUGUUUUGGUUCGUUCCAUCGGUAUGCUCAGUACAUGAACUUCUCUCAUCCUUUGAUCAAGGAGAAGUUUAAUCCGAAAGCAUGCGCGUGGGCUUAUGGAAUGAACUUCUUUGAUCUUGAUGCUUGGAGAAGAGAGAAGUGCACAGAAGAGUAUCACUACUGGCAAAAUCUGAACGAGAACAGGACUUUAUGGAAACUGGGAACGUUGCCACCGGGGCUGAUCACGUUUUACUCGACCACAAAGCCGCUGGACAAAACAUGGCAUGUGCUUGGGCUGGGUUACAAUCCGAGCAUUAGUAUGGAUGAGAUCCGUAACGCCGCGGUGGUACAUUUCAACGGUAAUAUGAAACCGUGGCUUGAUAUUGCUAUGAACCAGUUCCGACCGCUUUGGACCAAGCACGUCGACCACGACUUGGAGUUUGUUCAGGCUUGCAAUUUCGGCCUCUGAACUAUGAAUUAUUUUCUUUAUCAACAUAAUCUUGUAUCAAAUGUUGUUACUUCAGCUGUGAGGUUUUAACAUUAGUUUUACGUGUUAUUUAUAUAUUUUUGGGAAUUAGAAUAAUGUAUUUUGUUCAUAGCUGUCGUAAUUCUAAAAAUAUUAUGGGUGCUACUACAUUAUGCAAUUUUAUCUCCUUUUGAUUUGAA